CUGAAAGUGUGUGAAAAGCCUUCAGAAGAUGUCCAAGAGAUACUUGUUAGGUGCUCAAGGUAGAGUCAUUCAGCAGAGGCUUGAGCAGCAGCCUCUGCCCCCAAGCUCGUUCCAGGUUGCUCAUGUGGUUGAUACUCAAAGGGACGUGGAAUUGCUCUUAUCAACGUUGACCUCUGGCUCAAAGGCUGAUAGCCAGCAGCUGUUGUCGUAUAUGGUGCACUACUUGCCACGGGUGAAGAAUGGUGAUAAUGUUCAGUUGCUUAUGGGGGCGUUCUUGCAGAAUGAGUGGGUGUUUGAUACGUUUGAACACUCGUACCUCGUCAUUGAAGCAUUCAAGGCUCUGUUUGAACAAAAGGUUUUGAUCUCCAAGCCGAGCUUGCCCUUGACAAAGUUCUUCCAUGGUGUGCUGAGUGCCCUCUACUCAUCGCCAAUGGAGGACUGGAAGAAGAGCUGUGUUCUUACUGGGAUAACGCUGUCGAAGCCCUUGUUUGAUGCCCAUGCCAUUCCAGAAACUCGAGGUUACUUCGAACAGUGCUAUGCUAACGUUACGAAACUGAACCACGAGAUCAUCGCUCGUGGGUUCAAUGCCUCAUCGACAAACGAUUAUACUGUCAAUUCGAUAUGGGCCGUUUCCUUAGCAUGUUCGAUGAUCAGCUUCAAUGACCAUAUGAAGGCCAAUUUACCACAUAAUGCCAUACUGAUGCAUGUCAUUGACAUGGUGUUCAAAUCCCCAUUGGGCAUAUCUCAUGGUGAGCUGAAACAGUCACAAUCGCCGGUGUGCAAGCACCUGAGCAGACUGGCGUACGUGGUUGACAACUGCUUCAUCCAGGGUGUGAAGGUUCCAAUAAUGGACUCUGCUAUUGGUACCAUUUUGGACUUCUCCAUGGAACUGCAUUCCAGAUUUAUCGAUAAUGAACAGUGUUGGGACUUUUUAAAACUCGUCCUCUUUGGAAUUGUCAUAAUGCUUCAAGGUUACUCGACUUUUACCUUGCACAUUCAUAACGGACUGAAAGGUGUUCAAUACACCAAAAUGACUUCUAACGUUCUGAAAACUCUCUACUGUCUUAACUUCAUUGUCGAAAAGAUGGGUUCUGGAGGGUUCCAGGUUUACAAUUAUGUGUUGUUUACUUCAAUGGAUGGGCUGUUUCAACAUGGUUCUAAGCAAGCAGAAAUUUUGGGUCAAUGGAUGAUUUAUUCGCUGGAUUCCUCACUGAUACCUCAAUCUCAGUACGAGUCCUCUAAGGCGUUGUUUGCAAUGAUCUAUCUCGAACACUUCACCAAGUGUUGUCGUGAGGAGUUUUACGACACUGUGAUACACCCAUUUGUCAAGCAUUUCAUCCAUUUACCACAACCAUUAUCGUUGCACUUACGCCAUGUCCAUCGUGAAUUGGUGGAAUCCGCACACUCAGUUGUGUUGGCAACGUACUCGAGCCAAAAGAAUUCAUCGAUAAUUGCAAUGAAUGCGACGACUUAUCUCAACACGGUGCUCUCACAGUUCCCAGUUGUUCUAAGCUCAAGACAACUGUGUCUUGCUGUCGAGACCAUUGUCAGAGCAGUGGCACCUCCAUCACAAGCUUCUCAGUUGAAUAGAGAUAACUUGAGAGAAGUUUUACACAUGUUGUACAUUACAAUCAUCAACUGUCCGUGUUCCACUCCGCUGAAGGAGGAAGGCAUAUCUGGAGGUCCACGCACAGUAAGACAGGCAUUCAUUAGUGCCCUCAUGACAGCUCUACCGUUUAUUCCUUUGAGGUUUUUGGAACAGUGGCUGUCUAACAUUUGGGAACUUUGUCAAGGUGAUGCGUAUCUACAGGAUAAACUGUGGAAGACGAUUAGUGAGAAUUUGGAUAUGCAAAGAGGUAGCGUUGGCAUACAAUGGUGGUAUAACAAGGACUCUCUAGCUCCUAAGCUAUAGGUUCCCAGCAGGGGGUAAUUUCAGUCCAAUAUUGGGGUAACUCCUUCACCACCCUCUAGCAAUACGUUUUUAAUGUUUUCCAUACACCUUAUGUUCGAAUUGACAGUGUUAUCGGUAGUAAUAUUACCAGCAUGUGGCGUCAUUGUCACGUCCCAACGUUUGGCAAAUCUUGGAUCUAUAUUUGAUGGUUCGCCUUUGAACACGUCCAGUCCCACCGAACAAACCGUACCAUCAUCCAAUGCCUUUAGCAAUGCGUCUUCGUCGAUAGCAGUUCCUCUUCCAAUGUUGACAAUUCUCACGCCCGGCUUGCACAGUUUCAGAGAGUCUUCGUUGAUGAGAUGUGUAGUCUCUGGUGAAUGUGGCACUGC